AUGAGUGAUCCUUGUAAGACGGUUAUGAUAACAGCCAAACGUCAUCUCGAGAUUUUGAUAGGCGGUGAGGAUGACGGCACCCAGGUUUUUUUUUGUCCAUUGUUUUCCUAAUUCUAUAUAGCCUUUUCAGCAGUUUUUUUAGAGUAAACAUUUGUAUUUACUUAGACAAGUUGUAGUUUUUAUUUUGGAUGAAUUUUCAUAAUUAUCGUAACGAAAGGGAUCUUGCAAUAUUAUAUAAUUUCAAAAAGUGUUUCAUUUUUGGUCGCAUUGUAAAAAUUUCUCAAGUACGAAGUAUAUGAAGUUAUGUCGGAGAUCUCUUUUUCGGUGAAGCGCGUAUCAAAAAUAAUUUUGCAUAAUCGGGCUUAUUUAAAAGAAGUUUUCUAUGAAUUCUGUGAAAAAAAGAUCGUUUGAAUGAUUCAGACCCUCGUAGAUUCAUGGAAACGGUCAGAAGGGGGUCUUCUAAUGGCGCUGGCCAAGGGGCGGCAACUGAUGAUGAUCAACGGUUUCGGAACAAACGGCGAGGUCUCCCACAGAAUUGAUGUUCAGUUUCCCAUAGUCAAAGUUUCUGAUCUCAUGCGAUUUGAUUCAAUUCGGAACUGGUUCAGAUCUUCUUUCAUUCUUUCGAAUCAAAAAACAGAGUAAAGUCGAGCGAAAAACGCGUUCUCAAAGACUAUCUCGUCGUUUGCGGAGAACACCGUUUGGUUUUCAUUGCCGUCGAAGAUUUCCACCUCUACCACUACGAAGUCCCCUUCCAGGUUACAGUUUCAUUACUAUUGCUUUUGAAAUAAUUUCAUAAUCAGUACUGACUUUAAAGUUACGCCAGAUCUGGAGAUGAAACUUCAUGUGUUCGGUUGUUUCACAACGUUCUAUCUUUCACUUUGUACAAUAUCGCAUUAUUUUCGUUAUUUAAAACUUCUUCAGGUUCGCGAAGUUCAUCCCACAAACUUUGGCCUUUUGAUUGAACGAUUUUACGACACUGAGGUGGGUGUUCAGCGAAAUCGGUUCCCCGUUGCUUUUGGGAGCCACUCCAAUGAAUGACUGAUCUGUGAAUAAAUUAUUAUUAUUAAUGAAUAAGAAAAAAAGGCUUGAACGUACAUUUUAAUUUAAACAAGACACUUGCUGUUUUUAACUUAUCACUUGCUUUUUUUAACAUUCCGUGUAAAAUCUUCACUCGAAGUGGUAGCUCUCAUUCUGAGGCUUCCAUCUAGAGCACGGUCUCCGGGCUCCAGCACAACAUCCGCUACAUUCUGAGCUCGUCAAGGCGCAACUGGAUACACUACGCGCAGAAGGACGAGACGAAGGACCGUAAGACCAUGCUUUCAACUCUUUCGACUACACGUUUGGACUUCUAGCUCGCCAAAGGCGGUUGUUCGUUAUAGCUUUCAAAGUUCUUGUUCACCGCCUAGUCGAUACAUCUAUGACUAAACCAACAAAAUAAAUGAUUUGAUUGAUUUGAUCAAGAUGAUUUCAUAGUUUUUUCGUUCUCAUAGCAAUAUAUAUAUAUAUAUAGAGAGAGAGCAGAAAAAUUUUCUUUUGUUAGAGAGCCAUAGUUUGGAAUUUCAGAGUGACGUCAAAUGUCGACAUACCGACGCGUUUCAUCUUUACUCCUUAUCCUUUCUGUUCGGCGAACUUUUGCCAGUCAUUUACAAGUCUUCUGGAGGUUCUUAUUUUCUACAUUUGUCUGGGUAAUAAUAUUUAAAGGUAUUUCUGCACAAUGGAAGUUCUGCUGGCAGGCACUUCAAGACGACGCGAUAGUUGUGGGCGCCGAAAAGAACCACGUCUUGACUUUUGACGUUCUCUCGGGAGUUCGUUUACAUUUCUUAGUCGAAUUUUCAUAAACUUUUUAUCAGUGGGUGAAAAUCGCUUAAAAAGAACUUGAAAAGAUAAUUCUGGUUCAGGAAUAGAUUCAAAGCUACAUUUAUUCAAACUUCUAUGGCCCUAUCGCUAUAUUUUGGUUUUUUUUUUCAUAGAACGGGCUCUUUUGUGCGGAUCAUUUCACUUUUUCGUUUAGAUUUAGCUCAAUCCUAAAGCUUGAUCUGAAGUUACACGAAAAAAAAAACGAACUAGGGUUCAAAAUAGCAAUUUUUAUCUGUCUUAUAACUUUUGUAUCGUUCUUAAAUUUUCGAAGAACUUCUUAGAGUUCUUUCUACUGUCCUCUCUCUCUCUCUCACACACACACACACACACACACACACACACAUUUGAUACGGUUUGAAGGUUCAUCGAAUUUACAAAAUUCGCGAGACAGAAGAGGAGGAGGUUCGUGCUGCGAUCCGUCUGAUCGAAGGAGCGCGACAGCGACAUCACGACGUGACCGACGCGACUAUGCCGACGCCGCGACAACUGCUCGAAGCGACCGAGUUCUCGGCGCUGCGGAACCACCGUUCUCCGGCCGGUUUUUGUCGUUUUCUCUCCUGUUCGUGAUGUCGCGUUGCAGUGCUCGCCUUGGCUGAAGCUGUAGACGCCGACAUGGAGAAUCGCUCGCCGGAGAGCUUUAACGCCUCUUCGUUCGGACACUCGACGCCUCUCGCUUCUUCGGUAUUUGACACUUCUUUUCCUGGAGGUCAGCCACUCUCUUUGAUGCGAAAUUUGGUUUAUUGA